AGCCAUUUUGGCUCAAGCCUGCCUUGGGCGCCAGGCAGGCGCCGCGCUGUGUCUCGCUCCUUCGUAGGGGAGUGCGGUUCUGUCCUCAUCUACGUCGCGGCCUCCGCGAUGGCGGCGAGGGGCGCCAGCAGCAAGGCUGGGCUCGAGGGGGUGUCCGCGGUGUGGCGGCCCAGCACGCGCCGAGCCCAGGACGAACUGGACCUGGACCCGACGGCGGCGCGGAGGGCGGCGCGAAACAGGCGACGGCAGGUGAUCGUUUCUUUAUUCAUUGUUCUGCCGAUCGGCGCGGGCCCUGGCACCCUCUCCCUCUCCCCCCCCAUGGAGUAGAUCUUGGCUGUUUUUGGUGCCUGUUUCAGGCAGGUGGGAUCUCCCCCACAGGACGCACGGUCCCAAACAGAUGCCAUGAAGCAAAGGUCCGGGUCGCUGCGGCCGCUCCGCCUGGGUCGUGGCAGGACCGUGAGCGGUCGCCGCCAAGCCCCCCUUGCGGCUGGCAGCGGCAGGCGCCCGCGUGCCAGGCAGCACCAGGCGCCGCAGGACUGCGGCCUGGCAUGCUGCCGUGGCGCCGGCGGGCGGGCUUUCCGCGGGCCUGUGACGCCGCCGUCUCGGCGGCAGCUAGCGGCUCCAGGCUGGGAGCGCCUGUUCCUUCCACCCCGCAGGCUGCUCCGCGGCGCGAGGCGGCGGCGCCGCCCACCAGACUGCGGAGGGCGGCGCCGCCGUGGCCCGAGGGCUGGCGGACGCUGGACGCGGUGGCGCAGCAGCAGGCCAUCGAUGAGGUGAGCUCCGGCAAGAUGGAGGCUGAGGUGAGCUCCGGCAAGAUGGAGGGCGACGCUUCGGACAAGCACCGCCAGGAGAUGGAGGGUGAUGCUUCGAUGACCGCACUCGGCCUCACGCUGCAGGGCGACGUCGCCGAUGGCCCGUCCCACCGCGAGGAUGUCGAGUAGAGCAUCGGCAACAUGGAGGGCGCUGCUUCGGAUGUGCAGGUCGGCCUCACGCUGCAGGACGACGUCGCGGUCGGCCGCAGCUCCCGCCAGGAGGAGAGCUUUGGCAAGGUGGAGGGCGAUGCUUCGGGAAAGCACUUCCGGCUCACACCGCAGGACGGCGUCAUGUCCGACCACUGCUACCGCCAGGAGGGCUCGAGCGUCAGCAACAUGGAGGACGAUGCCACGGACGAGUGUUUCGGCCUCCCCGCUGCUGCUUGGUCUGCGCUCGCGAUCGGAUCAGCCCUUCGUGCGGCGCCGUGCGGGGCUCGCGAGCGAGGCCAUGGCGGCCCCGCAGUGCUUCCGCACGCUCUUCGACGUCUGGUGGCGUUUGUGGCUGUACGUCAACGACUAGGGCGUCCGCAGCACCGAUGCCGGGAGGCAGCGGCCGCUCGGGCCGAAGAUCGUGCUUGCGCCUACUCCUGGCAGCAGGGGAUUUUGCGGCGUGGCCGGUGGCCACAGGCCAGAGGCGUUGGAUGACUUACGUGAAAAGUUCGAGGGCGAGAUCCGCAAGCACGGGCACUAAGGCGUUGACUUGAGUUGCGCCUCGCUUGCGCGCGCUCGGCUCGUGAUGUCAAGCAGAACCAGUGCCAGCUGCGUUGUUAGCCUCGGGAGGACACCGUCGGCCAGCUGAGUGGCCGAAUUCGGUCUGGAGUCUGCUGUGGAGCCAACGGCUACCACGGCACGGCGGGGCGGGGCUCCUGCGCACCUGGUUGCGGUCCCCAGUUUCAGAGUUCAGAGGCCCUCGGGCGGCGAUUCUGCUGUGGGCCUGCACGCGAGGCUGGCCUGGAUCAGAUUCCCCUGCUUGAUUCAGCACCAGAGCACCGGAGCACACACAUACACAACGGAUGCCUGGAGUCCGCUGCCGUUUCGUGGUUCAUGGCGCCAUCGGCCACAUUCGGUUCAUGUAUGUGAGCAUGUAGCCAAUUCAUUCGCAUAUCGCAUAGGUUCUCAGACGGCGUCCCGAACUUUCUCUCUGACGCCUCCACCCACAGGAAUGCCUUUAGGCUGGCUGGCUUCUGUCCCUGCUCCGUGGAGCAUGGCCCAGGUGUCCAGAGAAGUCCCCCUGUGCGUCCAUCAGACGCUGGGCCGUUCCAGACGCAACAUGCUCUGCUGAUAAGACCGUUUGUGCAUACACUGGUAAGGGGCGGUGCAGUUUAGCAGAGUGGGCGAAUUCGGCAUCCAGAGAAGCGAGGCACCGAAC